AUGGCCUCCACUACGCCCCAAUCAACCAGCUCAGCGUCCAGUUCCCGCGUGGGUGGCACCAUGAUCAACCCCAAGGGUAAUUUCGACCCCACCAUCCCCGCCAUUCUACCCCAUGAGCAAAUGUACGCGAUUCAGGUUGGAGAUCAGCGAUUCACUUUGUCUGGAGCGUCUCUAUCAAGCGAUGGCCCGUCGUACUUUACCGAGUUUUUCCUGAAACACAAAGACAACCCGCCGGUGCUUUUUCUCGACCGGUCUCCGGACAUUUUCAAGCUCAUUGUGCGCCACUUGCAGGGCUACUACAUCAUGUCUUCCGACGAAGCCACGUCGGUAUACCUGCUGAUUGAUGCACGAUACUACCAGCUGCCGCGACUGACUCAGCAACUGCUAUCUUCGGAGCUCAUGAUUCGCAUCGGAAACGAGAGCAUCAAGGUUCCUCGGACGGCUUUUGAUACUCCUGGAGACGAGCAGAACUUUUUUACUGCAGGCAUGGGCGUGUUUUUCGGCCUCGAGCACGAUACCAGCGACGAGGUGCAUUCGCAGUUCAUUCGUCCACCCCCUCUGGCAAUUCCUACGGUGCCCAAGCGAGAUGGAAAAUUGUUCAAGGAGUUGCUAGCUAUUCAGCUAGGCGGUUUUGUGAACAUUCACUCGGAGGAGCAUCGAGAAGCGCUGCUGAGAGAAUGCAGAUACUUUCGGUUCCGGGGGCUCGAACAGAAAAUGAUCCGGCACGAAAUCCGAGUCGACCCAAUUCGGAAGAAGAAGGAGAUCUCGCUGUUCCUCAAAAACUUGGACGUGAAGAAGAUUGAGCUAGUGGACGGAGUCGUCAUGUACAAGCGGCCAUUUGUUGACACGGAGCUCAUGGAUCUGGUGUUUCAGGUCCCCGACGAAGCCGUCCUAUCUGUGGCGCUGUCCCGCGUCUCAUUCUAUGGUGCCACAAAGAUCAAGCUGGACAAGAUUGCAAAGCUUCAUGGGCUCACGUUUGGAGCGGUGGACCUCGAGAAUGCCCAUCUGGAAAUUUCAGGAAGCCAGGCUGCGGUGGAGGUGCAAAAGCGGGGCAAGAGUGAUAGCCAUACGUUUUUGACAAAGAGUGUGUGGAGGUUUAAGGAUGGAGGUAGUGGAGAGUUGGUGCUGUUGAAAGGAGAGGGAUAUUUGAGUGAGGGGGAGUUUAAUCGGACGAGGGAGUUCUUUUAA